ACAUUCUUUCGACUUAAUGUCUGGUACCCACAACUGUAAAACUGUGUUGUCAGCUCUAUAGAUAAUACAAUAAAUACCAGUCGAACACAUUACAUCAACGUCAUCCGGGUAUUUUCAUUAUCAGCGCAACCAGAACUCACUGAAGAUUCUGGUAUUCCACGGGAAGCAGAUUAACGGAAUUUUUGCUGACAUAUUUGGGAGUUGCUAGUUCCCAGGCAAAACGCCAGAUUUUCAUUACCUCAGCAAUCAUUAGUCGUAUGAAGUUUUUGCGCCUAGACAGGCCAUUGCCGUGGCACUCGAGAAGAAUUGAACCACAAGAACACAAUCGGACUAUUAGUCACUUAUUGAGUUUUAUGAAUUUCCAAAGAUUUUGUUGUCAUUUAUAUUAUACGGGGAGUGGUAAAAACAGUAUAAAAGAUUUAAUAUCAUUAUGGCUAGUAUCAACAUCAACAGCGACAUUAAUGACCCGUUCUACCGUUAUAAGAUGCCUAGGAUCAUAGCCAAGGUCGAAGGGAAAGGGAAUGGAAUUAAAACAGUUAUUGUCAACAUGCCUGAAGUUGCAAAGGCUUUAUCAAGACCACCAACAUAUACAACCAAAUUUUUUGGAUGUGAACUUGGCGCUCAAACUCAAGUUGAUUUGAAAAAUGACCGAUUCAUUGUUAAUGGCUCACAUGAUUCUCCUAGACUUCAACAACUAUUGGAUAUCUUUAUUAAGAAGUUUGUCUUGUGUCCAGAAUGUCAUAAUCCAGAAACUGUAUUGAGUGUGUCCCAGAAGAAACAGACAAUAGGUCAAAGAUGUAUUGCCUGUGGUUACAAUGGAAUGGUUGAUAUGAGACAUAAACUAACACCAUUUAUCAUCAAGAAUCCUCCAGAUAUGGAUCCAGCAGCAACUCCAACUAAAGCAAGUAAGAAAGAAAAGAAGAAGAGUAAAAAAUCUGACAAGGAUAAAGAUGAUGAUAGAGCAAGUCCAGAAGUUAAUACUCAGGAACAAAUGGCUGCUCAAAGAGCUAGUGGUGGCAUCAUCGAUGCUCCAGUAAUUAAGAAUCCCGCGGAAGAGGAUGAUGAAGAUUGGGGAGAAGACUUUAGUGAAGAUGCUGUCAAACAGAGAAUGGAGGAACUCAGUGAAGCUGCCAAGCAAAUGGCAUUUACUGAUGAUCUGGAGAAAACUAUUGAGGAAAGACUCAAUAUCUUUUAUCAUUUUGUGAAGAAUAAAAUUAACAGCAGUGAGGGUGUUGUUGGAGCUAUGAAGGAAAUCUUCAGUGAAGCAGAGAGACUAGAAGUUAAAGAUAAGGGUACCAUGGUUCUUGUUGAACUUCUAUUGAAUAACAAAAUUAUUCUUCAACUGAAACAGUAUAAACUUUUGUUUCUCAAGUUUUGUUACGAGAAUGACAAAGCCCAGAAGUACCUGCUGGGAGGAUUAGAACAGUUAGUUGGUGUCCACAAAGAUGAUUUGUUACCCAAGAUGCCACAUAUACUGAAGACAUUGUAUGAUUUUGACAUUCUUGAUGAGAAGGUCCUUAUUGAUUGGGGUGAAAAGGUUUCUAAAAAAUAUGUUGACAAAAAGUUAGCAGAAGAAAUCCACAACAAGUCUCAGCCAUUCAUCAGGUGGUUGAAAGAGGCAGAGGAAGAGGAAAGUGAUAGUGACGAAGAGGAUGAGGAUGAUGAAAAUGUAGAGGUUGUGUAUUCUCAUUCUGGUAAAGUUGGAGAAGUGAAAGAAGAAAAGAAAGUUGAACAAGAAGAAGACGACUUUGAUAUUGAUGCUAUUUAAGGAACACAACUGUGUGAUGACUUGCAAAUUGUAAAGGGAAACAACUUUAGAUAUCUUAUAACCCAAACUCUUGUAGGAUAUUUUCUUGUGUAGAUAAACAUGUAUUCAACAAAUCAAAAAUUGUAUAUUGGUCUUGAUAAACCUGAAAGAUAUAUUAUUUCUUUGUUAUUGUUAAGUGCUACAUUAAAUAGGUCUCGUACAGCCGAAAUAGUUGCUACAGUUGCUGAAUUCUUCAUUGCUUUACUAGUCUCUUGUCUGAAGCAUGUUUUUCAGAUUUAGUUUUUAAAAUAGACAAAAAUCAACAUUGAAAAAAUCAAUUCUAAAAUCAUACACUUUGACAGUCAAGUAUGCCAGGAUUGACUAUUUUAGAUCUUUUUCUCAUAUCUUGCUUUUGUGCUGCAUUGCUAAUGAUGAAUUUUUAUAAUCGGAUGUUUCAGAAUAUUUUUAAUCUGAUUGUCAGUUCUGUGUGCUCAUGUCUGUAUAUUACAAAGCAUUUGACAAUUUUAUACAUCAUCAAUGUCAAAAUACAACUUGUUUUUAAAUACCAUUGAAAUUAACAAUACAGAUCAAUAGAUUGUACUGUUGUGCUGUUAAUUCCCUUGAAAAGAUUGCAUCAAGCAAGUUGAGAAGAUAUUGUUCAUAAUUCAUUUACAUGUUUUAUCUAGCUUGGUUACAAAGCUUAAUAAAACAUAUGACAAUUAAUUUGAGGCAGUAGAAAUUUCUCAAUCUUGAUAUAAGAAUGACUUGUUCAAGUUAAAUAAAGAUUUAACUAAAAUCAUAAAUUUUCAAUGGUAUAUUGAAACCUGGUUUAAAUGUCAAAAUUACCAUUACUGAGAUGAUGUUUUUUUGUCAGUGUAUCCAUUAUUGUAAAUAGAAACAACUAAGACCUAAGAUGUUAUGGUUUUAAAUUGUUAUUUUUAAUGGUGGGAAUAUAUAAUUAUGCUUGAAUUUGAACAACAUUAAAACCACUGUACAUCUGCAUAAAAAGUGGUGAUACCAAAAAUUGAGAAACUGGAAUGAACACUUGCAUGGUUUUAGCUUCUCUUCUCUUUUCUGUUCUUUCUUUAUUUUCUAUCAAUUUCAAAAUUUAAUAAAAGUUUUUUUUCACUGAUUUAAUUAGAAAUUUUAUCUGAUCACAUAGUUAUUUUGUACAUUCCAGUUUACAUGAUAUAUCCGUUAUUAUUUGGUAAAUGGACAGAUUGAUUCAAACAUAAUUUGUUAAAUGUCUGUGAUCUGUUGUACUAACAAAAUAAACUUGUUGAUUGAA